AUGACAACAUCUAGAGAAGGAUUCUACCCUCUGCAGCUUUUCCUGCUGCUGGGGCUGUGGGUGGCUGAGGUCCCAAUCAGUGCCAGGCCCAUCCACAUGACCUCAGCACAGUGGUUUGAAACUCAGCAUGUGCAGCUCAGUCCUCAAACAUGCAACUCAGCCAUGAGACACAUCAACAAGUACACCAAACACUGCAAAAAUCUCAAUAGCUUCCUGCAUGAAUCUUUCUCCAGCAUGGCCACCACCUGCCAGAUGCCCAAUAUAGCCUACAAGAAUGGCAGGGAGAAUUGUCACCAGAGCCAAAAGCCUGUGUCCCUGACAAGCUGUGAACUCGUGUCAGGGAAGUAUCCAAAUUGCAGGUACAGAGAAAAGCAUCUGAGUGCACAGUUCAUCGUAGCCUGUGACCCUCCUCAGCAAAAGGAUACUGGGAAAUUCCAUCUAGUUCCUGUGCAUUUGGACCAAGUCCUUUAG